CAGUGACGUAAUGCAGAUUGAUUGGCAUUCAGGCCAUCGACGUCCUAACUUAGCCACGAGUUUCGCCAAUCCAAAAGCCGGGUAGCACGGUGCAGGCGCAGAGGAUUGGGUUUGCUUGGCCUCGAUUUAAAGAGACAGAAGCUGUUGGAGUCCUGGAGGACGGUCCCCAAUAUCCUCCCCCCAAGUCCUUGGGACCAUUUGGGUCCUCAGAGCUGGGGAUAUGGUUUGCGGCGGCUUUGCCUGUUCCAAGAAUGCGCUUUGCGCUCUCAACGUGGUCUACAUGCUGGUGGGCUUGUUGCUCAUUGGAGUGGCUGCCUGGGGCAAGGGCCUGGGCCUGGUGUCCAGCAUCCACAUCAUUGGAGGAGUUAUUGCUGUGGGAGUUUUCCUUUUCCUUAUCGCAGUGGCUGGACUGGUGGGUGCCGUCAACCACCACCAAGUCCUGCUAUUCUUUUACAUGAUCAUCCUUGGUUUGGUCUUCGUGUUUCAGUUUGUAAUCUCUUGUUCAUGUCUGGCUAUUAACCGAAGCAAACAGACAGAUGUCAUCAAUGCUUCUUGGUGGGUCAUGAGUAACAAAACUCGGGAUGAACUGGAAAGAAGUUUUGAUUGCUGUGGCUUAUUCAACUUCACAACACUCUACCAACAAGAUUAUGCUUUCUGCACUGCAAUCUGUAAGAGCCAGAGCCCCACAUGCCAGAUGUGUGGAGAAAAGUUUCUUAAGCAUUCAGAUGAAGCGCUGAAAAUCCUGGGGGGUGUUGGACUCUUCUUUAGCUUUACAGAGAUCCUUGGUGUUUGGCUAGCAAUGAGAUUUCGGAACCAGAAGGAUCCUAGAGCCAACCCUAGUGCCUUUCUAUGAGACUUUGGAUUCUUCUGACUUCUCUCCUAUUCUAAGCUUUUUCUUCCUCCCUUAGGGAAAACCUAGGGUCUACAGCCUUUUUGUUUGAGAAAAAGGGAAGACCCUUUGCUACAUCCCCUAAAACUGGUCAGAUUUUAAGCCUUGACAAUUUUGUCAAGGAUAUAAGGAGCCAAGAUUAUAAGGAAUAGGAAGAAAAACUUCUCUCUCCCCAGGGGAAUAUGGGAAGUUCUGGUAGUGCAUGGCAUAAGGCUAGAGUCAUUCCUAUUUCUACUCUUCCCCUUUCCACAUGCCAGACCACCUCAGAAUGCCCUGGUCUGGCUCCAAGAAUAAACUGGGGAUAGAACUAAGGAGAAAAAUCAAGAACUCCUUGCAAUAAGCAAGACCCAGCUUGAGAAAGUUCAGUGAAUAUAAAAAUAAAAGCCAUUUUAACCCCAUAUUCGAAGAAGCAACUUAAGUUCCUUUCCAGUCUUUGCUAGUCAAGGGGCUUCACUGAUUGUGUAAGCCCUGUAACUGAAAGAAUCUUUAAGGUUUUGCAGGGAAGUUCCUUCUUCUGAGCAGUUUUUUCAAAUCUCCCAAUGGCAAAGUCAAACAAAGGAAGAAA